GAAUAUUUCUGUUUCUUAGUCCUUGGAACAUUAAGGCUUCAGAGUUCGUUAUGAUUUCUUACCUAUACUAUGUGUUAAGUUUUCGUAAAGUUCAGUCUAUACAAGGCUUUUUUCUGAGCACCGUGCUUAUAAUCAGUCGGGUUCUCUCCCCGACCCCCUUGGCCACCUCUGCCCAUCGCAGCCCUCGGCGCUGAUCUGGCAGGUGCGAGGCUGAGGCCCGGCGCUCAGCCGAGGAGGCCAAGUUUACAUAGUGCGCGCGCCCUAGAGGAGGCGGCGGCAGCCGCAGGCCUGGCCGCUCGAACUUUUCGAGGCUGGCAGGAGAGCGGGGAGGCAGGCCGACCUGCCCUGCUAGGACUGGAGAAGACUCCCUUUGCGCCCGCUCGCUUUCCGCCUUCCUACAGCCAGCGAGGCUGAGACUCUGAGGCCCCGCGGCUUUUCACAGCAGUCUUAAUUAACAAACCCCGCGCCGAACAGUAGAGUUCGGGACAGCCCGGGGUUUCGCGUCGCACACUCCGGCCCGCCCAUCAGCCGAAGGAGGACAGGCCGGGCUCGGCUGGGCAGAACCCCGCUCCAGCUGGGGCCUGGCCACCGGGCUGGCGGGCGGGAGCCAGCGCGAGAGACUGAGGGAAAGAGGUGGGGAGCGAGGAGACCCGAGGAAGAGAGCGGGUCUGAAGGGGCGGAGCCUGCGAGGCAGCGAGCGAGAGCGCCAGCAGGGCGGAGGGCGGAGCGUGGGCCGGGCCCAGCCUUCCCGCUCCCGCGGCGCUGCAACUCCGCCGAGCCUCCUUAAAACUCUGCCGUUAAAAUGGGGGCGGGUUUUUCAACUCAAAAAGCGCUCAAUUUUUUUCUUUUCAAAAAAAGCUGAUGAGGUCGGAAAAAAGGGAGAGAAACCGGCACCGUCUCUGAGAGGCAACAGAAGCAGCAAUUGUUUCAGCGAAAAAAGAAGCAAGUGAGGGAGGAAAGGAAAAGAGCAGAAAGGGGGAAGACGCGCAAGUGUCUGUAAGGGUGAAAGGAGCAGGGACUGGCGAUUUGGGGACCAGCUACAAAAGCAACUGUCACUGGGAGCACUGCGGCUCGGGAAGAAGCUUUGCUGCCAGGCUGGGCUCCAGGGCACAGCUGACUGGCGGCUGCCCUCUCCGCGGCACAGGCUAGGGGCACGGCACAGGCCCGGGACCGCGAGAGGUUGGCGAGGUGGCAUCAGGCGCUGAAGCUGCCGGGCUCUCUCUGAGAAGGCGGCUGGACUAGCUGCGCCCUGGAAUUGUGGCGACUUUCCCUACUCAGAGGUUGGCCUGCACUUCCCAGGACCUCCCCAUCUCCGGAGGACCCCAGAAAACCGGGAAAGGAAAGAAAAGACAGCGGCGGCGGCAGCAGCUCAAUGAGUACCUACAGCAGAAAGCCCGAACUAGCUCGGUCGUAGGCGGGAAGUUACGGGAGUGCUGCCCUGUGCAGCCGCGAUGCUGCCGCGAGCUGCGCCAGCGGCCAGGGCCCGAUAGACGCUUCCCGCAUCGCUCUCCUCCUUCCUCAGGCUGCCGGGAGUCCCGGGACCUGGUAGGGCCGGCAUGACGGGCUUGCUGGGGGACCGCCACGCUCCUGGCAGCCUCCGGAAACGCGCGCCGAGCCCGGCUCCCACGACCUCUGAGGUUCGGCGGGGCUGCGGCAGCCUGGCGAGCGAGAUCCGGAGCCUUCCCGGGCGGCGUUAGCCCGCGGCUCGGCCCGGACGUGACUAAAGGCUCUCUGGAGAAGCCGAGAGCACUAGGGAGCCGUUAAGACCUGUAACUUGAGGGCCACGGAACUGCUACUCCCGUUUGCCUUUGGCGAUCAUCUUUAACCCCCCCGGAGCACGUCAGCAUCCAGCCACCGCGGCGUUCUCCCAGCAGCUGAGGACUCAGGACUACCCCUUCGGCGAGACGGAUGGAAACCGAGCCCCUUCGAGGACCUGCCCCUGCAGUUCUGGCUCAUGCGGCUCCAGUCACCACCGUGAACGAGGGACCCUAAAGAAUGGCCGAGCCUUGGGGGAACGAGUUGGCGUCCGCAGCUGCCAGGGGGGACCUAGAGCAACUUACUAGUUUGUUGCAAAAUAACGUAAACGUCAAUGCACAAAAUGGAUUUGGAAGGACUGCGCUGCAGGUUAUGAAACUUGGAAAUCCUGAGAUUGCCAGGAGACUACUGCUUAGAGGUGCUAAUCCCGAUUUGAAAGACCGAACUGGUUUCGCUGUCAUUCACGAUGCAGCCAGAGCAGGUUUCCUGGACACUUUACAGACUUUGCUGGAGUUUAAAGCUGAUGUUAACAUCGAGGAUAAUGAAGGGAACCUGCCCUUGCACUUGGCUGCCAAAGAAGGCCACCUCCCGGUGGUGGAGUUCCUGGUGAAGCACACGGCCAGCAAUGUGGGGCAUCGGAACCAUAAGGGGGACACCGCCUGCGAUUUGGCCAGGCUCUACGGGAGAAACGAGGUCAUUAACCUGAUGCAGGCAAACGGGGCAGGGGGACCCUCGAAUCUGCAAUGAAUGUGGGGAGGGCUUUCCCACAUUGUCUCUACUUUGCUAGUUAAUUGGUGGCUGUUAUGACUAUUUUAAUAUCGUUUGUUAAAAUACAGUUUUGUCAUAUUUUAAGCAGCUAGUUAAAUCUUCUGAAAUUGCAUAAGUGGACAUCUUACACAUAUAUUUAAGCAACAUCUUUUUCACCUGCAAAAAUCCUGACUUCUAAUGUAUAAUUGCAAAUAGCUUUGGCUUUCUUCUGAAUAUUUUAUCUUUUCUUGCUUCCCGCUUUGCCAAUCUCAAUAUUCAACUUGGAAAGUUUGUUUUUAAAAUGGUUUGUCCUGAUGCUUCUUUUGCCUAAUUAAAACACUUUUUCAAAACAGGA